GUUCGAGCUCGCCUAUCGCUCCCAUCUCCCUCUUCCUUCCAUCCACCCAUCUUCCUAACAAAAUGGUCUUCAAAGUUGCUGAUGUCUCUCUUGCCGCGUUCGGUCGCAAAGAGAUCGAAAUCGCUGAGAAUGAGAUGCCUGGUCUCAUGUUCCUCAGGAAGAAGUACGCUUCAACCCUACCCUUGAAAGGUGCUCGUAUCGCCGGAUGUCUGCAUAUGACUAUUCAAACCGCCGUCUUGAUCGAGACCCUCACUCACUUGGGAGCUGAAGUUACUUGGUCAUCAUGCAAUAUCUUUUCCACCCAAGAUCAUGCUGCUGCUGCCAUUGCUGCUACGGGCGUUCCCGUCUUUGCUUGGAAGGGGGAAACAGAGGACGAAUAUAACUGGUGUAUCGAGCAGACCAUUCAGGGCUUUGCUGACGGCAAACCUUUGAACAUGAUCCUUGAUGAUGGUGGUGAUUUGACCAAUAUGGUACAUGAGAAAUAUCCUCAGCUCCUUCCUGGCAUUCGCGGGAUCUCCGAAGAAACCACCACCGGAGUUCACCACCUUUACAGGGCUUUCAAAGAUGGCAAGCUAAAGGUUCCUGCCAUUAACGUCAACGACUCCGUCACAAAAUCCAAGUUCGACAACCUCUACGGAUGCCGCGAAUCUCUCGUCGAUGGUAUCAAGCGCGCUACCGAUGUCAUGCUUGCGGGCAAGGUUGCCGUUGUCGCUGGUUUCGGUGAUGUUGGCAAGGGCUGUGCUGAGUCAUUGAGGAGCUACGGUGCCCGUGUCUUGAUCACUGAGAUCGAUCCUAUCAACGCCCUCCAGGCUGCUAUGGCUGGCUAUGAGGUUGUUACGAUGGAGGAAGCCGCUCCUCGUUCUAAUGUCUUCGUAACGACCACCGGAAACCGAGAUAUUAUCACUGGUGCUCACUUCAGCGUCAUGCCAGAGGACGCAAUCGUCUGCAACAUCGGUCAUUUCGACAUUGAAAUCGAUGUCGCCUGGUUGAAGCAAAACGCCAAAGCCGUGACCAAUAUCAAACCCCAAGUUGACCGAUACACCAUGCCUUCCGGCAGACACAUCCUCCUCCUCGCUGAGGGUCGCCUUGUCAACCUUGGUUGUGCUACUGGCCACCCUUCCUUCGUCAUGUCUUGCUCCUUCACCAACCAGACCCUUGCUCAGAUCGCGCUCUGGACAACACCUGAGAAAUUCCCUCUCGGUGUUCACAUCCUCCCCAAGGAACUCGACGAGGAAGUCGCUCGUGCUCAUCUUGCCAACCUCAACGUGCAUCUGACCACCCUUACCGAGACCCAGUCCAAGUAUUUGGACAUUCCUGCCAAUGGUCCUUACAAAGCUUCCCACUACCGAUACUAAUCUGGUGGUUAACCACUAACGUGGUGGCGUGGCCUCAACGAGCCCUCGCCAUACUGCAUUGCAAGAAAAGGGAUCUUCAACGGCCUUCAUAUCCUGGAAAUAGACAUGUUGAUUGUUCCGGACUUAUUUAACCUUCAACGGCAAGGGACACUACUGUUCCACGAUCGGACAGAGUGUGAAUUGGCAGGGAAAAGGGGGGAAAACAUAUUGUAUAGGUACUUCUGUAUUGUUAGUUGUCGCUAUAGAAAGGCCUCAACGAGCCUCGAUAAUGACAUUGAUAUUCGAUAUCAUGGCC